AUGAUAGCAGCUCAGCUCUUGGCCUAUUACUUCACUGAGCUGAAGGAUGAUCAGGUCAAAAAGAUUGAUAAGUACCUGUACUCCAUGAGAUUCUCGGAUGAAACCCUCUUGGAUAUCAUGUCCCGCUUCAGGAGGGAACUAGAGAAUGGACUGGGCCGUGACACCAAUCCUACGGCAACUGUAAAGAUGCUGCCCACCUUUGUGAGAUCAAUUCCUGAUGGAUCAGAAAAGGGUGAUUUCAUAGCACUGGACCUUGGGGGGUCCAAUUUCCGCAUCCUACGUGUGAAGGUGUCCCAUGAGAAGAGGCAAACAGUCCAGAUGGAGAGCCAGGUUUUUGAAACUCCAGAGGACAUCAUCCAUGGCAGCGGCACACGGCUCUUCGACCAUGUUGCAGAAUGCCUAGGGGAGUUCAUGGAGAAGCAAAACAUUAAGGACAAAAAGCUCCCUGUGGGAUUCACCUUCUCCUUCCCAUGUGCCCAGACCAAACUAGAUGAGGCAAUUCUUCUGACAUGGACAAAACGUUUCAAAGCCAGUGGUGUGGAGGGGAUGGAUGUUGUUAAGCUUUUGAACAAGGCCAUCAAGAAACGAGGGGACUAUGAUGCUGACAUAAUGGCAGUGGUCAAUGAUACAGUAGGAACCAUGAUGACCUGUGGGUUUGAUGACCAGCGCUGUGAAGUUGGGAUCAUUAUAGGUACAGGCACCAACGCAUGCUACAUGGAGGAGCUGCGGCACAUGGACUUGGUGGAGGGGGAUGAGGGCAGGAUGUGCAUCAACACUGAGUGGGGGGCCUUUGGAGAUGACGGCUCACUGGAGGACAUCCGUACUGAAUUUGACAGAGAGAUUGACCGAGGCUCCUUAAACCCUGGGAAACAGCUGUUUGAGAAGAUGGCCAGUGGGAUGUACAUGGGAGAGCUUGUUCGACUCAUUCUAGUCAAGAUGGCCAAGGAGGGGUUGUUGUUUGAGGGGCGGAUCACCCCAGAACUUCUAACGAAAGGGAAGAUUGAAACAAAACAUGUUUCAGCAAUAGAAAAGAGCAAGGAAGGAUUGUCCAAAGCCAAAGACAUUCUUACUCGUCUGGGAGUGGAGCCAUCUCCAGAGGACUGCAUUGCCGUGCAGCAUGUCUGCACCAUUGUCUCCUUCCGUUCUGCCAACCUUAUCGCCGCCACAUUGGGGGGCAUACUCACGCGACUGAAGGACAACAAAGGCAUUCCACGCUUGCGCACAACUGUUGGAAUUGAUGGGUCUCUUUAUAAGAUGCACCCGCAGUAUGCCCGGCGUCUGCACAAGACUGUGCGACGCUUGGUGCCUGAGUCUGACGUGCGCUUCCUGCUGUCAGAGAGCGGGAGUGGCAAGGGUGCUGCCAUGGUGACAGCGGUGGCCUAUCGGCUGGCUGACCAGACUCGCCAGAUUGCAGAAACCUUGGCUGAGUUCCGGCUUAGCAAAGACCAGCUGCUGGAGGUCAAGAAGAGGAUGAGAACUGAGAUUGAGAAAGGCCUGGGGAAGAAGACCCAUGAUACAGCCACUGUCAAGAUGCUGCCCACCUUUGUACGCAGCACACCGGACGGAUCAGAAAAUGGUGACUUCUUAGCAUUGGAUCUGGGAGGAACAAACUUCAGGGUCCUGUUGGUGAAGAUCCGCAGUGGCAAGAGGCGAAGUGUGGAGAUGCACAACAAAAUCUAUGCCAUUCCCAUAGAGGUCAUGCAGGGGACUGGAGAGGAGCUCUUUGAUCACAUUGUGUACUGCAUCUCUGACUUCCUGGACUACAUGGGAAUGAAGAAUGCCCGCUUGCCCCUGGGUUUCACCUUCUCCUUCCCCUGCAAACAGACCAGCCUUGACGCAGGCAUCCUUGUGAACUGGACAAAGGGCUUCAAGGCCACUGACUGUGAGGGUGAAGAUGUGGUGGAACUUCUGCGGGAGGGCAUAAAAAGGAAAGAGGAGUUUGACCUGGAUGUGGUGGCAGUGGUGAAUGACACUGUGGGUACAAUGAUGACCUGCGCAUAUGAAGAGCCCACCUGCGAGAUCGGCCUGAUUGCCGGAACAGGAAGCAAUGCAUGCUACAUGGAGGAAAUGAAGAACAUUGAGACGGUGGAGGGAGACCAGGGUCGCAUGUGUGUUAACAUGGAGUGGGGGGCCUUUGGGGAUAAUGGCUGUUUGGAUGACAUAAGGACACAGUAUGACAGAGCUGUGGAUGAGAAUUCACUCAACGAGGGCAAACAGAGGUAUGAAAAGAUGUGCAGUGGGAUGUACCUGGGUGAGAUUGUGCGGAACAUCCUUAUUGACCUGACAAAGCGCGGGUUCCUCUUCAGGGGUCAGAUUUCUGAGACACUGAAGACACGGGGCAUCUUUGAGACUAAGUUCCUCUCCCAGAUUGAGAGUGACCGCUUGGCACUGCUGCAAGUGAGGGCGAUCCUGCAGCAGCUGGGCUUGGACAGCACGUGUGAUGACAGUAUCAUUGUGAAGGAGGUGUGUGGCACUGUUUCUCGACGGGCAGCACAGAUGUGCGGUGCCGGCAUGGCUGCUGUUGUGGACAAGAUCCGGGAAAACCGAGGGCUAGACCACCUGGACAUCACUGUAGGGGUCGACGGCACGCUCUACAAACUCCACCCCCAUUUCUCCAGAAUCAUGCACCAGACUGUGAAGGAGCUGGCACCCAAAUGUGAUGUCACUUUUCUGCUGUCGGAGGACGGGAGUGGCAAAGGGGCAGCCCUCAUUACCGCGGUGGGCUGCCGCCAGAGGGAGCAGGAUCAGCAGAACUGAACCCGCCAUCUUCCCACUGCUCAACCCACAUGCAGCUCCCUGUCACCCAUGAGAGUAUUACUUUCCUGCCGCAGCCGUGACUCCACCAUUUCAGCCCACACCCAGUAACUCCCAGAGGCGCACGUAGCACUCACUCUGGCCUCAGCCAGCUUUUUACUUUUGCAUAGAAGGUCACAGAAGGAUAAAUAUCACACACAGCAUGUAGCUUUGGGAGUUAACCACUUUUUCUUAACAUGUACUGCACCAGCCAUGUCCUUUUAAAGAACUAUAUAUUUUAAGAUGUAUAUUCUGCCUCUGUUUUAAUUAAGCGUAUUUAGGAAAUUAGGGAAAGAUACUGUAUCUCUGUGAAAAUUUCAGAAACUACUGACCACGUAUGUAGUAUUUAUUUUAUUUUUGUAUAGUCGGAUAUAUAUAUAUUGUAAUCACACAUAUUUAUAAGUGCAAAGUACCAUCAGGUAAGAUGGGGCUUAGUGCUGAACUAGCAAACACUUUAAAAAUUUUAGGAUGGUUUCAAUGAGACAGUAAGUCAUCCAUCUAGCUUAGGGGGUGAUGUUAUAUUUUAAGGUUUUUAAAAAAAAAUCCCUCUUUUUUUGUAAGGUGUAUUUUUUUAAAAAGGUCACAUUCAAGAGUCACGGCUGCAUUCCUGUGUAAUUCUCUCACCCCUUACUUUGUACUUUGAGCCCUCCUUAGGUGUGUGCCCUUGAGCUGAUCAAAUUCUGACAGUAUGGAACUUCUUGCCUUCAUCUAACCAUUUCCCUGAAAAUAAUCAGUGCUUAGAGGGCUCAGAGACCAAAUAAUGAACCCAGCUGCAGUAUAAUGUGUUGCUUUUGUGAAAUAAUGUAGGUGUUGUGUUGAAUCCGCAAUGUACAAAUGGAAAAUAUGCUUGUUGGGCCAGAAGGGAGCAUUUUUUUCAGUAUGAUUUAUGUGUACUGUGAUUGAAUGUUUGUGAGUCCUUCUGUAAAACAACCUGUUACUUUACAUGUCUGAAACCAUAUGAUGAAUGCAUGCCUUACUUGGUGACACAACUGUAUAGGAUUCAUUUAUUUUAUUUUGUACAUUGAUAUAGAUGCACUCGUGUUCAAGAAAGUGAUAUAACACAAUACAUUAAAAUUUAUUUUGAUGUGCAGUGACUUA